GCGAUUCGAAUGAAAGUAUGGAGAAUUUCAUCGCUGAGUUCAUCUCGAGAAUGGAGCCAACAAAGCCAGAUAUCAUUCAAGCUGUUCGUGCUCACCAGGCCCUCAGGUACUUCGGGCGGGUCUUUCGCACACAAGGCCAGCAGAACGACGCGUUUCAGCGUGUCAGUUUCCCGACGGAGAAGAUCGACGAGUUUUGGAGCCACAGCUGGCACGGCCACAAGUUGAGCAAGAUUCUUACGGCCUUCUUCUUGUACAACUUCAAGGCUGCAGCCACGGUGUCAACACUGGGCUCCUUAUUGAUGCUGGUGCUUUUUUCCAGCGGCAUUCUGCCCGAUCUUCGCCUUAAGGAUCCGCAAUAUCCUUUGGACUCAUGGUGGUGCACCGCCGUGGGAUUCUUCUUGUAUUUUUUGGUUGCCAUCCGUUGGAAACCAUGGAAGCGAAUUUUUCUGGAUGUUCUGUGCAUUGAUCAGCGGAACGAGGCCGAGAAAGCAGCAGCCAUUGUCAGCAUAGGAGCCUUCUUGAAAUGUUCAGAUGCACUUCUUGUCCUGUGGGAUCCCUCAUACAAUCAUCGCCUGUGGUGUGUCUUUGAAAUGGCAGCCUUUCUGCAUAGCCGUCCAGCAAAUCAGAAGGCAAAGCUCAUCAUCAGGCCCACAUUCUUGGGCCCUUGCAUAAUCUCCAUGCCUGUGGCUUUGUCGUGCAUAGUGAUCGCGAUGGUUGUGUUGCCAUCCGCGGCGCUGGAGGAAGUUGAUGACACGCAGGCCAUUUUGUGGCCAGUGCUGGGCACAUUGGUUUUUGUUGGCUUCUACCUCAGUGUGGCGACCAUUCGUGCUUAUUUUCGAUCUGUUGAGACGCUCCAGAAGGAAUUGAGCCAGUUCGUGGUCAGCGACACGCUUUGUUGGUGUUGCAGUCAGGACCAUCGAUCGGAUUCAGGUGAAUCCGUGCCUUGUGAUCGUCGGGUCGUGCUGCAGUGCAUCACAUUAUGGUUCGGUAGCGUCGCGAACUUUGAGAAGAAGGUGCGAACAGAGGUGCAGGAAAGUCUUGCCGAGCAGCUUUCCAAGGAGAUUUUCACUUACUCCCAAGUGGCUGCGUCGGCAGUUCCAUUGCUUUGGCAUUUUAUGGAUUCGGCAUCGACAAAGCUUUACCGCGACGGGACUGUGAUUUGGAGAGGCGCUGCUCGUGAGUUGGUCCGUGGCCUGGGAUGGGGGUUUGGCGUUUUGCCAGUGGCUUUCUUUGUCACAGCACAGCUCACAUAUCUCCUACGACGUAGACGUGCUUGGAAGCUUUGCGAGGUGGUGACCAACUGCCUUAUUCUCGCAGUCUGUAUCCUGAUCUUUGUAGCAGCAUUGAAUGUUGAGCAAUACUGUUGGGUAUUGGAGAAGAAUUUGUUCCCGAAUGACAAGGCUGACGUGGUGAGAUUUCAGUGGGACUUUCUGCCCGGCACGAGCUUGUUUAGUGUGAUGUUCUUCGUUCUGGCAGCCACGCUGUCAAUUGUCCGGAGAAAUUUUAGUUAUGUUAAACCUGUUUCAGUUCAACCCGAACCGGAAGAGCUGGCAGAGGCGAACCAAGAAACUCAAGCUGCCAGGCCAGGGUUGCCCCCACAACUUGUGUCGUUGUAG